AUGACAUUCAGUCAUAUAAAAUUUUCUAGUUUUGAUUGUGGCAGAUUCAUUCCGGCCCAUGGCUGUAAUCUUCUGAAGGGGCUUUUGACCAUGUACAAAGAUGGCAGAUAUUCUGAUGUCACUUUCAAGAUCAGUGAAGACCGACGGCUUUCAGUUCAUCGUGUUGUUCUGGCCUUUUUUAGUCCUUACUUUGAAGCCUUGUUCGGGAAAAUCAGUGAUAAAACUUGUUCUAGCAUCUGGCAGCUUGCUGAUUUGUUUGCGCUGGGAGAGCUAAUGAAGGAGGCUAAAAAUCACUUUUCGCGGCACUUUACUGAAGUCACUCAGAUGGAAGAAUUUUUGUCGCUUCCAAUUGGUUUCCUGAAAGAGAUUCUUGCUGAUGAAGGUAUCUGUGUGGUUAUUGAGAGCCUGAUUCCGUCCAAAGAGGAAAGGGAAAAGGUCGUGUUGGAAGCCGUUUUGAAGUAUGUUGAGCAUGAUAUCGACAACCGAAAAAGACAUUUUCCAGAAUUGUUAUCCUUGGUACGACUUCCAACUUUAUCAGAGUCUUAUCUGGAAGAAAUCUCAGAACACAAACUUAUUGCAGACUCCAGCAGAGGAAUCAUUUCAAAGGCUCGGAAGCUGAAAACUGAUUCCCCCGAGAAAGAUUCAGCCGAUGAAAUAUGGGCGAGCACUCGGGCGUUUGCCAAACCUGCUGUCAGUUGGGGGCGUUCCUUUGCUAAUGGUGGCUACGUACAUCCUGAAACAUCUCAUCACAACAACACAGAGGCUGUUGAAGAUCUUGGCAGUGACGUCUUCAUAAAGGGAAUGAAACUUUGGAUUCGACGCUGGGAUGGGAGGCCUGUUCUGGGAGGGCUGAAGAUUUUUUAUAAUCAUAACGGUGACCAAGAGAUUAUGAUGGGAAGUGGCUCUGAUCAGUCCGAACACCAUGAAUUUCACUUGGAAAAAAAUGAAAGGAUCGUCAAAGUUGAUGUUAAUUCUGGAUGGAUGAUUGACCGCCUCUCCUUUUACACAAACAAGAAAGAUGAAAAUGGUGAUCCUAAAUGUUAUGGUCCUUAUGGAGGGGAUGGUGGAGGAUACUACACUGAGACUCAACCAGGGUCAUACGGUUUCCUAGCAGGAAUUGGUGCUGCUGUUGUUGACUCACAGGGUGAAGAAGGUAUCACCAGACUUCAGUUUGCAUGGAGGGUAUAUGUGCUUCCUGGUGACCCAGAGCCAAUAAAAAGCAGAUGCAAAGCUAACGAUGGCUUCUAUGAUGAUGAGGAGAGUUAUGAUUAUGACGAUUAUGAUGAUGACGAAGAUUUCGAUGGUUAUGAAGAUUAUGAUGGUUAUGAAGAUUUUGAUGACUUUCUCGUUGCCGCAGAACAAUUAAACAACCUAGAUUAUAACUAUGAUUCCUCAGAAAAAAAAUGGGCACUAAUAUGGAAUAAUAUAGAGAGUUAUGAUUAUAACAAUUAUGAUGACAACAAACAUUUUGAUGGUUAUGAAGGUUAUGAAGGUUUUGAUGACUUUGAUGAUAUAAUUAAUCAGGAAGGUGGAAUACAAAUUUACAUGUUUGAGCCAUUUGCCUGAGAUUGUGGUAAGAAUGGAUGUAGAAUUUAUUGAUCAUUAACCUGCCAUAAAAUUUAUUAUGUCUUUCUGGGUAUUUCUUCCAAGAAAUACUUGCAGGGUUGAACAUGUAAAAAAAUUUUUUUUGUUGUAUUGUAUAGCCUUCUCUGGAAAGAGGGUAGGAAACUUUGGCUGUCUGAAAAAGAAGGCAUUCAUUAUGAUUUUUUAUGUUGUUACCUGAAUUUGAUAACUUUUUUUGCCCAUCAAAGUAAGUACUGCUUACAGAUAGUAGAAUCAAAAUCCAUUGGUGUACUCUAUAUGUGAUUGGUUACAUAAUACAGAGUGUGGCCAUUAACUUCUAAGGGAGUCUUGCUUCUUACCUUGUAGAUGUUGUCUUCAAGGUUUUGGGGCAGGUACACUUAUGAUCCAGACAAGAGAAACACCACACUUGUCUGAACUGAUAAAAAAGUUGAAAAGAAACUUUCAUGCCCUGACACGUGAGGAAACUGCUUUGAUCAGUCAGAAGAAUUUGGUGCUUUGUUUAGACAACAACCCAGACCCUUAAUUUUCAUUACCAGACUGUUUGACAGUGUCUUGAAAGAGCAAGCAGAAUUUGUUUGGUACUGAUCACACCUAGAAUUGAGAUUGAUUGAAGGCCCUAGAGAAUAUUGAAUCUGACUCAGGUUUUCUUUUUAACCUGAUGAAUUUUAAUCCUGAGUUCACUGCCUACAAUACUCAUAGUUGUGUUACUGUGACAGCUUAAAUCUAGCAUGGUGCUUUUCAUGUUUCAAACAACUUAAUCCAGAAAAUUUCAUGUCUAGCUUGUGUACUACAGCUUUUUGUUUGUGUUCUGAUGCAAUGCCAGUCGGGAGAAAAAUUCUCCAGUCACCAUAGAUUAUAACUAGUUUAGAAAAAAAGGAUAAUGGUUAUCAUAAGACUUUGUCUUAAAGUGAUCCCUCAAAAAAUAAGUUAUCAAACAAUUUAUUUAUACUUUCCUUAAAUGUUCUUUACCAUUGUCUUGAAAAUAUACAAUAAAAAAGAUAGUUUGCCAUGCUUAUUUUAUUAAGAGGUUUAAUGGGCACAGUAAAUUUUGCAGAAGUUGGAAGCAAGGCUUUUUAAAGUAUGGAAUGACACAGAACAAUUUUAUAUAUAAUUUGUGGAAAAAUCACAAUUUUAAACAACAUUGACUUCAAAAAUUUCUCAAAUCAUCCAUGUCAAGGUCAUAAUUUGCAUCAAGUGACAAGUGAAUAUCUGUUUUUUUUCUUUAAUUGAUUUUUUUUAUUUCUCCAAGUUAAAGGGGAUAAUAAGUACACCAAAAUUAUGCAAUAAAAAAUAUAGGUGACCAUGCUUAUUCAAGAGCUAAAGACCAUGGCACCUCUUUUGUAUUAAUUAAAAAACAACAUGUUUUUGGAAUGCA